UGUGCAUACACACACACACAUACUAAAAUAUUCCAACUGGCCCGCCUGCAGCCGUGGUUAUUGGCCGUCCGAUCUGGUGCAGCUCAUGCUAUUCUUGCUGAUUCAUCACCAUGCCGGGGCCUGUGCCACGAGUCCGGCAUGGCCGCAUAGGAGGACUCAAGGCAUUGCCGCCCAGGAAGCGUGCUCCAGCAAAGCAAGCUCCAGCCACCAAGACAUGUCCGAACAAGGAAUGCGGCAGUACUAGAUUCAGCGAAGACGACGGCAAAGUCGUCUGUCUCGAUUGUUAUACCGAAAUCGCCGAGAACAACAUCGUUGCGGAAAUUACCUUUGAAGAAAAUGCUGGUGGCCGAGCGACUGUCCAAGGUGGCACCGUCAAUGACAACUCUCGCCACGCCAAAACUCUGGGAUCAGGUGCAUAUCGCAAAGUGGGAGGCGGCGAACGCAACUCCUUGGCUGAUGUACAGAAUGCCGGACGAAAGGCCCUCGAACAGCUAUGUCCCAAACUCGGCAUCCUUCCCCAGGUCCAGGUGCAAGCGGAACAGAUAUGGGUGCUCGCGGCCAAUAUCAACUUCUCCGCUGGUCGGAGAACGGACGAAGUUGUUGCUGCCUGCCUCUAUGCAGCUUGUCGACGCCGGAAGGAUAAUAAGGUUCUCCUUAUGGAUAUCGCCGAGCUUCUACAAAUCAACGUGUUCAGACUCGGGGAAGUCUAUAAAGACAUGUGUCGAGAAUUGUACCUGGCCGACGAGAACGUGGGCACGCAACAUAUGGUCGAAUUGGAGCCGCUCAUCUAUAAGUACUGCGACAAGCUACAAUUUGCAGAGAAGACGAAAGAUGUCGCAGCGGAUGCACUCAAGAUCAUUCGGAGAAUGAACCGCGACUGGAUAGUGUCUGGUCGUCACCCAGCAGGCCUUUGUGGGGCUUGUAUCAUUUUAGCUGCUCGCAUGAACAAUUUCCAACGCACGGUGCGCGAAGUCGUGUUCGUCUCCAAAGUGGCAGAUGUCACAAUCGCCAAACGCGUUGAAGAGUUCAGGCGCACCAAGGCUUCUGGCUUGUCAGUGGAUAACUUUCGAAAAUAUGCCAACAAAAUCGUGCACCAGCACGACCCUCCUUCUUUCCACAAUGGUGACUACAAUGCUCAGAAGUUUGCCCGAGCCAAGGCUCGCCGAAAGGCACACAUGGAAAUGCUGGAGUUGCGUGCUUCACAGAUGCGAUCGCCCUCUGCGGCGGAUAUCGUUAUCCCAGAUGAUAUGAGUGAAACCUCAUCGAGGCUCUCUUCCAUUGAGCCGGGCACGCCAGGGCCGACGGAGCCGGUGCCGGGGGUUCAGCACGUGCCAGAUGUGGCCCCUAUGGCAGUUCCUGCGUCGCAAGGGACGGAUAAUGCACAGCAGAGUGACGCUGCAGUCAACGACAGCCCACAAGAAACCUCGCCGCCUGCCCAAGAAGGUGAUGCUUCGCUCGUAACAACUGCACAGCAUAGUGCCAAGCGGAAACGGAACGCAAAUGUAGUAAGCUCGUCAGCAACACCCGAACCCGAGACUGCUGGUGAAGCUGGCUCUCCAAAGCGUCCACGUCUUGAGGGCUCUGAUCCACCUGAAUCGCAAACCCAACAAUCCCGUCGCGUCGAUGCGGAUGGUUUUGCCAUCCCUGAAAUACCAGUACGAAGGACAGGCAGGGAGGUGCCCCCCGAGGAAACGGCUGCUCCAGUAAAGCGUGGGCGUGGUCGACCAAAGAAGGACCCGCUCCAGGCACCGGAAAUCGAGAUCUCGCAAGAGGAAUUGGCAGAAGAAGAUUAUCUCGAAACCCAGAUCGAGGAGGCUCUCCAGGCUCGCGAAGUUCAAGAAGUGCAAAGUGAAGUAGAGAAACUCAAGGAGGCAGAGCGCAUAGAGGCAGAGCGAAUGCGAGCAGCGGCGAUGGCCGAAGCUCAAGAGAAGUUUGACACGGAGAAGGGAAGACAAGAGCGGCUUGCUCGUGGCGUGGAUUACUUUGGCCAAGCCCCGGAUUGGACCCCUGGUGUGAUACUCACCGCUGCCGAGCUCGAGGCGGAAUUCGAGAACGAUCCCGAGGUCAAUAAUUGCAUACUUUCCGCAACGGAGAUGAAGAUCAAGGAGCAGAUCUGGGUAGCGCAUAAUGAAGAUUGGCUGCGCAAACAAGCCGAGAAGGAACUCCUCGCAAAAGUGGAAGGAGCCAAUGGAAGCAAAAAGAGAAAAGAUGGUAAAGGGCAUAAAGGCCGCGGCAAAAAACGCGGCACACUGGGAGACGGUUCGGUUCUAACUGAAAGCUCGACCCCGAUCGAGACGCCUGCCGACGGCGUCAAAGCCAUGCUGGAGAAGCGUGCACCCAUGAAAUCUCAACAUGUAGACUUCUCUGCCCUGCAGCGUAUCUACGGACGAGAAACUCCUUCGCGCGCCAGCUCUGCCACACCAGGCGACAGCAGCGGCGCCCAAAGCCCCGUCACCCGAGCAGCAUCUGCUGCGCCCACGGAAACUCAUGAUGAUGAUGAUGAUGAAGAGGCGGCGGCGGCGGCGGCGGCGGCGGUGGCAGCAGCUUCACCAACGGAUGAAAUUGUCGCGCACGAGAACCCUGCACGAUACGUUCAACCCGCGACUUGGCUAAACAUGGACGAGGAAGGCCCCACCGCAGACGUCGGAGGAGAAGAAGAAGAUGAUGAGUUCGAGGAGGACGACGAACAGACCUUGUUGAACUUGGCUGCGCAAGGAGAUGAUGAGUUUGGUGCGAUUUAUGACGAAGCUUAUGAUGGCUCUGGCGACGAGUAUGAUUGAAAAGUUUCGCCUUUCUUUCUUGCCUGAAUCCUUGAAGUCGAGUAUUCAAAAUAGGUAGGCUAUGCAAAGUAGGGUAGACGGGGCAAUUGUAAGGUAUCUUACCUACCUACCUACCUACUAAGUCUCGUUCGUCGAAGGAUUCAAAAUCAUGU